CCACCGCCUCGCCGCAUACGAUACCACAUGUUCGCUGCGCUGCAUGCACUGCAUUGAAAGUUUUGAGUGGAGUCUGAAGAACAAAUUGUCCGCUUCAUCAAAGCUAAACUUUACGGGUUCAGAAACUGAACAGGAUUUCUAUACUGACAUGGCUGAUACAGUUGGAAAGACAAUCACUUGCCGUGCUGCAGUAGCAUGGGAGCCCAAGAAACCUCUCUCUCUUGAGGAGGUUGAAGUGGAACCUCCAAGGAAGGGGGAAGUUCGCAUCAGGAUCACGGCUACUGGUGUGUGCCACACCGAUGCUUAUACGCUCAGCGGAGCCGACUCCGAGGGCAAAUUUCCCUGCAUCCUCGGCCACGAGGGAGGUGGCAUCGUCGAGAGUAUCGGCGAGGGCGUCACUUCCGUCAAACCCGGCGACCACGUUGUACCUCUUUACAUUCCACAGUGCUAUGAUUGCAAGUUUUGCAGGAGCAAGAAGACCAACCUGUGUAGUGUCGUCAGAUCUACCCAAGGAGCUGGAGUGAUGCCUGAUGGGACCUCUCGUUUCACCUGCAAGGGACAGACUGUUUACCACUUCAUGGGAACUUCCACAUUCACAGAAUACACCGUCGUUGCUGAAAUUUCAGUCGCCAAGGUGAAUGAGAAGGCCCCACUGGACAAGGUUUGUUUGUUGGGUUGCGGUAUUACCACCGGUUAUGGAGCUGCCCUCAAUACAGCUAAGGUGGAGGAAGGUUCCGCCUGUGCAGUGUGGGGUGUUGGCUGCGUAGGUCUAGCCGUGAUCAUGGGAUGUCAGGCUGCCGGUGCUUCAAGAAUCAUCGCUGUGGACAUCAAUUCAGAUAAGGAAAAGAUUGCUAGACAGUUUGGUGCAACCGAGUUCUUUAAUCCCAAGGAUCACGACAGACCUUCACAACAGGUCUUGGUGGAAAUGACCGAUGGCGGUCUGGAUUAUACAUUUGAGUGCGUCGGGAAUAUCCACACCAUGCGUGCUGCUCUUGAGAGCUGUCAUAAGGGAUGGGGCGUGUCCACGAUCAUCGGGGUAGCUGCUGCAGGUCAGGAGAUCUCUACCCGGCCAUUUCAACUGGUUACGGGGCGCACCUGGAAGGGAACAGCAUUCGGAGGGUUCAAGUCUCGUGAUGGAGUACCUCAGCUGGUCGACAAGUACAUGGAUGGAAAGCUCAAAGUUGACGAGUUUAUCACGCACACUCUGCCAUUCGAUAAAAUAAAUGAAGCCUUCGAUCUGAUGCAUGCUGGGAAGAGUGUUCGAGCAAUAGUGAACUUCUAGAUUAAACUUCCAGAGAAACUCCACCAAGCCUCUUCAGUACCUUCCAUAACGAAGCAAUGAUUAUUUCGGGUCAAAUUUAACUUCAUUUUGGGUCAAAUAUAACAUCAUUUUUAUUAUUCUAGGACAUUUGUUCCAGCAACCAUUCUGCACAUUUAAACUACAGUGAAUUGUAGUCUGGGUCAUAAUUCUAAUCCUGAUCAAUUACCAUUGCAGUAUUCUGAAUAAAAAAUCCUAUCGCAGACCUAACCCUUCUAUUCACAGGGAUGCUACAUUUCAGACUUAU